CCCAUCCCGCUGAUCUCACGGAAAAUGACGGCUUUUGGCGGGACGCGAACCACACCUCCCCGCCGCCCUGAGAGCCCCUUCUCUUCUUGGAGCUUCGUUGGGGUCCUUUUGAUGGCUCUAGUGCUCCAGUUCCCCACAUCCUUCGGGAUUUUUUGUGAUCCUCCUCCUCCUAUCCGAAAUGGUUGGAAUAGUUAUGCUUCUGGCUCCAUACCUCUUAACACUUUGGUGAGGUACACUUGUCCCCCUAGCUACCGCAUCAUUGGAGAAAAGAAUCUUCUUUGUAUAAGUAAAGACCAAGUGAAAGGAAUCUGGGAUAAACCUGCUCCUACAUGUGAAUAUUACAACAGAAGAUCUACUUGCUCUGAGCCUGUAGUACCAGGGGGACACAAAGAGAAAAGAUCUAGACCACCAUACAGACAUGGUGAUUCUGUGACCUUUAUCUGUGAUGCCAACUUCACCAUGAAAGGAAGCAAGACCGUUUGGUGCCAAGCAAAUAGAAGGUGGGGGCCGACACCACUACCAACCUGUGAGAUUGAUUUCCCCCCAGAAUGUCCACCACUUCCCAUGAUCCCCAAUGGACAUCACACAGCAGAGAAUGUUGGCCUCUUUGUCCCUGGACUGUCUGUGACGUACAGCUGUGAACCUGGCUACUUGCUUGUUGGAGAAACAACCAUUCGUUGUUUGUCUUCAGGAGACUGGAGUGCAGUCAUUCCACGAUGUGAAGAAAUCCUUUGCCCACCACCUCCUCCUAUUCUCAAUGGAAGGCAUACAGGCAACCCUUCAGUGAACGUUCCAUAUGGAAGCACAGUCACUUACACUUGUGACCCGGGCCCAGAGAGAGGAGUGGACUUCAUCCUGAUUGGGAAGGACACUAUCCGUUGCACCACUGAUAGUCAGAAGACUGGGAUCUGGAGUGGUCCUGCCCCGCGCUGCGAACUUUCUACUCCUGGAAUUCACUGUCCACCUCCCCAGAUCCUAAGAGGCCAAAUAUCAUCUGGGCAGAAAGAUCAAUAUUCAUAUAAUGACACUGUGGUAUUUGAUUGCUUGUUGGGCUUCACCUUGAAAGGUAGCAAGAGAAUAAGGUGCAGUGCCCAAGGCACAUGGGAGCCCUCUGCACCAGUCUGUGAAAAGGGUGAUGCCAAGCUCCUCAAUGGGCAAAAGGAAGAUCGACACGGGAUGCGCUUUGAGCCUGGAACAUCCAUAAAAUACAGCUGUGACCCUGGCUAUGUGCUGGUGGGCGAAGAAUCCAUAAAUUGUACCUCUGACGGGGUGUGGACACCCACUGUCCCCAAAUGCAAAGUGGCAGAGUGUGAACCUAUAGGAAAGUAUCUCUACAAAAAACCUCAGAAUCAAUUGAUUAGACCAGAUGUUAACUCUUCUUGCGAUGAAGGGUCCAGGUUAGGUGAGAGUGUUUAUCAGCUGUGUCAAGGCACCAUUCCUUGGUUUAUGGAGAUUCGUCUUUGUAAAGAAAUCACCUGCCCACCGCCCCCUGUCAUCGACAAUGGGGCACACACAGGGAGUUCCUCAGAAGACUUUCUGUAUGGAACCACAGUCACUUAUUCCUGUAACCCUGGGCCAGAGAAAGGCGUAGAAUUCAGCCUCAUCGGGGAGAGCACCAUCCAUUGUACAAAAGAUGGUCAGGAGAGGGGCAUCUGGAGUGGCCCUGCUCCUCUCUGUAAACUUUCCCUCCCUGCUGUUCAGUGCUCACGUGCCCACAUUGAAAAUGGAUACCAGAUAUCGGGCAAGGAAGCCCCAUAUGUCUACAAUGACAGUGUGACAUUCAAGUGUGAUGAUGGAUUUACUUUGAAGGGCAGCAGUGAGAUUCGUUGCAAAGCCAAUGACACCUGGGAUCCUGAAAUUCCAGUUUGUGAGAAAGACUGCCAGCCACCUUCGGGGCUGCACCACGGUCGGCAUACAGGCGGAAACAGGGUCCUCUUUGUCUCUGGGAUGACUGUAGACUACACCUGUGACCCUGGCUACUCGCUUGUGGGAAACAAAUCCAUUCACUGUAUGCCUUCCGGAAAUUGGAGUCCUUCUGCCCCUCGGUGUGAAGAAGCAACAUGUGAGCCCACGGGAGAAGAUGUUCAAGAGCUUCCAGCUGAUUCGCAUGUGAUUCUGGUUAAUACAUCCUGUCAAGAUGGGUACCAGCUGACUGGGCAUACUUAUCAGAAGUGUGAAGAUGCUGAGAAUGGGGUUUGGUUCCAAAAGAUUCCGCUCUGUAAAGCUAUUCACUGUCCACCUCCACCAGUGAUUGACAACGGGAGGCACACAGGUGUGAUGGCAGAAGACUUUCUACAUGGAAUUGAAAUCUCUUAUGAAUGUGACCAAGGAUUCUCUCUUCUGGGAGAGAGAAACAUCCGAUGCAUAAGUGAUUCUGAAGGACAUGGAUCUUGGAGUGCACCUCCCCCACGGUGCUUAAAACCUCCUCCUGUGGCCCACUGCCCUCACCCAGAAGUCAAACAUGGAUACACGCUGAAUAAAACUCGUUCGUCAUAUUCCCACAAUGACGUUGUAUAUGUUGCCUGCAACCCUGGUUUCAUCAUGAAUGGCAGUGACUUGGUUAGGUGCCAUGCCAAUAACAAAUGGGUGCCAGGUGUACCAACGUGUAUCAAAAAGGGGUCACUUGCUCCUCUUCUUGGUGGUCUUUCUGCAGGUUUCGUGGUUCUUAUCUGCUUGGUUAGUGUCACCUUGUACAUGAUAUUAAAACACAGAAUACACAAUGAUUAUAGACAUAAAAGCCUCACAGAAGAAGAUCUUCAUUUAGAGACACGAGAAGUAUAUUCUGUUGAUCUACACAACCCAGCAAGAUAACCAGAAGUGUGCCUUCGUGCUUGGAAUGCAGCUGAACACGGGUUGGAAAGAAACCAUUUGAAUAUCAGCAAGCCUUUCUGUAUGGGCUCCACAUCACCGAAAUGAUGUCUUAAGCUGUAACUUCCUGUUUGCACUUAUUCUCGAGCAGCACAAGGAACGUUUGCUGGAUGAGAAAGACGGGAGCCCAGUGUCACUGCCACCUGCUCUUCAAGGACUUUCUGAAGCCUCGCCUGUGACGUGCCUGGAGCCAGGCUUUGGCUAUAAGCAGUUAGUAGCUCUAAGGAGUCAUCUUUUCUAGGAAGGAACUAAAGUGAACUGUUUUUAUAUGCAGACUCUUCCUUUUUUAUAAUCAGCAUACUUACUGUUACCACAUACUUUUGGUUAUAGUGUGGUUUUAAUUAUUUAGUCAUAGCAUGAAGGAUUUCCUGUGGUUUUCAUGGGCAUAUCUUUAUAGAGAAGUCUGAUUUUAUUUUAAUAGUGGUUUUUCUUCUCAGAGAGAGUUAAACAUUUCAUUUUAAUUUCCACUUGGUUUCAGGUUUUCUCACACUAUAUACUUUGUGUUUCCAUAAUCACUCAGUAACUCCAACUCAAACAAGUUUUCUCUUUUAAUUAUAGGAGUGAAAUUUUAAUUCCAAAGUCUUUGUGUACAAUUUAAUCUUUAGAUAUAUUCUUGGUGCUUUUGUCAGAACAUCUGGU